CAGUAAUCUCUGCGUUUAUCCUUGACACCCAUACACAAUGCCCACAGCGUACCCGGUCCCCACGCAGAUGCUCCAGCAGCUGUGGGACAGGUUCACAGCAUGGGUCAUGCGCUCAUACCCUAUCAGGGACUCUCCACUCAACAUCCGCCCAGCGAUGGUGUUUGCUACCGCACUGUGGGUCAUCAUGCUAGGUAUACUCGGUAUGGCGCCUCUUCCAGAGCUGCCUGUGAACGAUAAAGCCCUGCAUUUUUUCGGCAUGGGUUUCGCAACUUUUCUCAUAUACUUUGUCAUUGAAGCACCAGAAGGACCUGGAAGAAGAGUGUGGUACAUCCGGCAGGCACCUUUGAUUUUGACGCUUUUCCUCUCGUUCUUCGUCGGCGGAGUGAUCAGCGAGUUUGUCCAGGCAACCCUUCCCUGGAAGACAUUCCAAUCCCUUGACAUCCUCGCCAACCUCAUCGGCUCUUCCGUCUUCCUCUACCUCGCCCACUUGGCCCACAAACGUCACCUCCGAAAACAAGAAAUAUCCUCUUUAUACGAACCGCUCUCUGCAGGUGGUGUUGGACGGUACAGGGAUGCUCAAGGACGGGAACACGCUUUCGACGUCCCAUCCUCUUCAGGUGGCGGUAGCGGCAGCGGCGGGGGGCGUACUCCCCGUGGUGUCUCAUAUGCGAAUGCGGGCGCGGGUGGGGAUGAAUGGAGGGGACAGAGGGGGAGGGGUACAAUCUGGGAUGAGGAAAGUGAGAGCGAGAGUGUUGGGAGAGGAAGUGUGGAGACUGAGCGAGCGGGUGGGCAAAAGUGGCUCGCGGCGCCAGUCUUCAAAAUCGAUGAUGAGGAUGAGGAGACGGAAGGAAGGGUACAGCUGUAGUCUUGGUUGGUAGUGCUACGAGGAAAGCCACUCAUUUCCUUGGAGCUGGGAUGUCAUGGUUUAUUUUGGCACAAAAUGUAUAUAUAAUAAUAGCA